AUGAAAAGGGCCUUGAAGAGAGGUGAUGUUAUCAACGUUAAUAGCGUGUUGGAGCAUUCAUCAGUGACCAACACUGGUUUCGGGUCAAGUUUAAACGCCUUUGGCGAAGUCGAGAUCGAUGCCAGUUACAUUAAAAGUAAUGGAGAGUCUGGUGCAUUGUCCGGUCUACAAUCCUUUUCACCAACGCAGGAAUUGUUUCGAAUAUACAAAGAAAUCAACGAGUUGUACAAGAAACAACCAAACUUGACACGACCAUUGAGUCUACAUUGCAGCGGUUUGCAAAAAUACAUGGAUAUCGACGUUGACGACCACCUCGGGUCUGCUAAAGCAAAAGAAAUUUGGAUGGGCUACCUGGGCCGUCAAGAUCAAUAUCCAGUAGAGGGAGCUAUUAGUGACACCAUUGGGUCCAUAGUGAUUAAUUCAAAUGACACCACGCUCGCCACUACUUCCGGUGGAAAUUUCUUCAAGUUACCAGGAAGAAUUGGAUGUGCUGGGAUUGUUGGGGCUGCUAUUUAUUACGAAAAGAUUGGUGACUUGGAAAUCAGCUGUAUGUGCUCAGGGAACGGAGAGCAAAUUAUCAAGUACUCGUUGGCUCAAUUGAUUGUCACUAAUGUGCAUCUUAUGGAUGAAGGAAAGUAUGGCCCCCAAUUGGAGAAGUUGUUGAUUGGUAAGGAUAAAGAUUUGUAUUGUGGAUUCGUAAUCGUUUUGAAGAAAUCGGAUGGGAGGAUACACCUUCUUUACGGACACACGACGGAGACCUUUUACUUUGGCACCAGGGUCAAUGAUUCAACAAGCGUUGUGUUAAGCUGUGCUGAAAAAGAGGGUAAAUUCACUUUUGGGGAAUAUAAACUACAAUAG